AUAUAGACAGCUAGAUAUCUACUUGGGACAAGCUCGCUACCGCCAAGAAGAGGAUGAAGACCAUUUGUGCCUAUAUGACAUUCAUUAGGAAAACGCUCAUUAUCUAGUGCACUCGUCCUAAACAAAGUAAUCUCUAUAAACAAUUAGGUAAGUCAAGUCUACCAAACUUAGUGCACUCUGUUUGUUAUAGAUUCUAGUUUUGGAAACAGAAAAGUGUAUGGAGAUCAUUGAUGAGAAAAUUAGCAGAAUGUCAGCCAAAAUCCAUCUAGCUAAAUGUUCUCCCAUUGCCGGCAAACGGGCUUUCUCUCACUACCAUAUUUGGUAGUGAGAGGAAACUCUAACCGGAUGUCUCAAAUGUAUACAUCCGGUGAAAUAUCUGUCUCAUCGUGCUGUGAUUCAACUUUGGAAAACUAAACAGCGACAUGGAAUCGGAGAAAGAAGUGCAAUCAAUAGGAGAUGUCCCUGACCCAGAGGAGGAAGAGAAGAGGCUGGCGGCAGCAGCCCGGGAAGCCAACCAUCUAACUGAGUUGAGGCUGGUGCUGUUGGGCUGGAGGUGGCCUGGGAAGAGCCUGACAGGCAACACCAUACUGGGCCACGAGGAGUUCCGCCUGGAGCGGGCGGCUGAAUUCUGCGUCAAGCGUCAGACUGAGGUGGAGGGGCGCCAGGUGACGGUAAUAGACACGCCGGGCUGGUUCUCAACACAGUCCACGCCACCAGUCUACCAGCAGGAGAUGGUGCGGGGCGCCUCCAUGUGCGGGCCCCUGGGCCCCCACGCUUUCUUGCUGGUCAUCCCUGUGGGCAUGUUUACCGAGGUGGACCGGGCCCGCAUCGAGGAGCACUUGGCUCUGUUUGGGGAGCGUGUGUGGAGGCAUACCAUUGUGGUGUUCACCUGGGCAGAUGUGCUGAGGAACAUGUCCAUCGAGAGGCACAUCAAGCGAGAGGGGAAGGAUCUGCAGUGGGUGCUGGAAAAGUGCAAGAUGCGGUAUUUUGUCAUCAGCAACUACAUAUUUGGGGAGCACCCCCAGCUGCGGCAGCUUAUGGAGAAGAUAGAGAAGGUGGUGGCGGAGGAGGGCAUCUAUAACCCAGAGGAUGUGGAGGAGAAGAAACUUCUGGGCUGGAAUCAGAGCUUGGAGCAAGGCCCAAAGUGAAUUCUGCCGUAGGAUUGGCCAAAAUGGACAUGGACCCGCCCCACAAUUCAGUGGAUGGACUGACUGACUGACUGAAGGAGAGCUGGUGAGCCACCGCAGUACUGAUUUCAGAGCUCUAUGUCCAUACGUUACCCCAACCUCAGGGCCUGUAUUCAUAAAGCGUCUCCGAGUAGGAAUGUUGAUCUACGAUCAGUUCUCCUACUCUGAGAUGCUUUAUGAAUACAGGCCCAGAUUCUUUUAAACCUUUAAGACAUAAUCUCUCUACCAUUUUAUAUAAAUAAUAGUUAUCUAUAACUGGAUGUGGGCUAACAUGAUCAGGGGUCACGUUAAUGCGGAAUUCUGCGUUUUAUCACACCACAGGGGGGGAGAUAAAACCCAUAAAUAUCUUGCUGCAUUUUGUAAACACAGAUCCAAAAUGCUUCUUGUAAUUGCUGCUCGGCAUUAGGCUUCUUUUUUUUUUGUUGCUUCAGUUGCAAUUCUACACUCCAAUAAGAAUUCACGAACGGGCAUUCUAUCAGAAGACAGCGCUCUGACUGAUGUGUAGCUACUUUUCUUCAGUACAUUUUAUCGGUGUAGCCUGCUUUUCUCUGGUCAAAUGUACCAUUAACUUCAAGCAAACCCUAAGUAAAUGGUGUGGCUGCCGGCCAAAUAGCGUUUUACUUCUGUUGUCAUCUGAUGAUAAUGAAGCUAUUUUCUGCUGAAUGUGUUGCACUAAUAUAUUUUAUGUGAAGGAAAACUAUAGUUGCAUGUCCCUGAUCACUCUUAAAGCAACAAAAGAAAACUUUUAAUAUAAAAUAGUUAGAAACUUUGAUUUUGUGAUGGUCUGUGUUUUGAAAAUGUAGAUUUCUGAACUCUAGCGGGAUCCCUGAUGAUGCUGUUCUUGCUUUUUGAGACUGUUAGGUCUACCUCGUACCUAUGACAGUUCUGAUGCAAUGUAUAUAUUUGGGGAUUUUAUUGUAUCUAAUUUGCACAUGAAGUAAGAAGCAAAUCACAUUACAGUACCAGUCAAAAGUUUGGAUUUUCCUUUAUUUUUACUGUUUUCUACAUUGUAGAAUAAUAAACUAUGAAACUAAACUAUGAAAUAACACAUGGAAUAAUGUAGUAACCAAAAAAGUG